UCUUGCACGUCUUUCUCUGCUUACGUGGUGUGUGUAUGUAUGUGCGCGUGUGUGUGUGUGCGUGCGUGUGUGUGUUUUCUAAGAAAAAGAAAGAGAGCGAGACAGUGUAGUGGCUGUAAUGUAUUUGAUGUUCUCAUUGGUGCCCCCCCUCUAACGUGUCACAAAGUACCACUCACGCUCUCUUAACCCUUGUCUUCGAGGCAUCCACCUGCAGGAACAAGCACCUGCUGACUGAAAAAAAAAGUUCAGGAACUUGUGUAACCAACUCAGGAACAACACAUAUUUCACCAUGUUUUCUUCCAUUUGAUCGAUUAUUUUACCAACGCCUUGUGCCUUUAAAACACAUAGAGUUCGAUACUCCACCAACAUGCUGUUCUCUUCAUCUUCAACGUUGCCAAUGUAUUUAUUGAUGACGUCUCUGCUGGUGAUGGGCCUGGAGGCUGCGGCCACUGCAGGGACCACUCCGGGCUGCGCGUCCUGCGGCAUGCCGCUAAUGGAGAAGGAUGCGGAGCAGAGGCUCAUGGUUGAAAUCGCCAAGCAGCAGAUCUUGAACAAGCUGCACCUGAAAGAGAGACCAAAUAUCACAUCGACUGUGUCCCGCGCUGCACUUCUCACCGCGCUCCGCAAACUGCACGCGGGACGUGUCAGACCGGACGGAACCAUUGAACUUGAAAACAAGAUCACGGAAACCAAAGAUCCGGGAUAUGAAAUAGUGAGCUUCGCAGAAAUGGAUGAGAUGAACACUACUACUGGCGCCCAGCCAGGCCUUACCUUCCAGUUCCAGCAGGAGAGAGACCACAGUAUCCAAGUGCUUCAGUCUGCCCUGUGGCUGUAUGUCCACUCCUCCGACACCCCUAACCGGGGUCCCCGCCCCACAGCCACAGCCCACAUCUAUCUGUCUCGCCCUGGGGAGAGCAGAUCCAACCACACCCUCCUCUUGGAGAAGAUCUUGGAUGUGCAGAAGAGCAACUGGCAUACCUUCCUCAUCACAGACACCUUACAGGCCUUCAUGGACGGGGGCAAGCGGCAGCUACAGCUUGAGGUCACCUGCAAGGAGGCCGGGUUUGAGCCGGGCCAAGGCCAGAACCUGUGUGAGUUGGGUAAGACCAUGGACAUGGCUCAUCAGCCAUUUGUGGUGGCCCAGGUGCGGCUCCGUGACAACUUCAAACACAUCCUCCAGAGGAGGUCCCUGCGUUGCGGGGACAACGUCAGCGUUUGCUGCAAGAAGGACUUCUACGUCAAGUUCAAGGAUAUCCAGUGGCAGGACUGGAUCAUAGCUCCAGAAGGGUACCACAUGAAUCACUGCAUGGGUCAGUGUCCCCAGGCCCUGGCCGGGUCUCCGGGCAUCGCGUCUUCUUUCCACGCCACAGUGUUCAGUCAGCUUAAAGCCAACGGCAUCAAUUCAGCGGUGUCUUCUUGCUGCGUGCCCAUCCAGCGUAGGCCUCUGUCUAUGGUCUACUUCAACUCACAGCACAGCAUCGUCAAGACCGACGUCCCUGAUAUGAUCGUAGAGUCCUGCGGCUGCACGUAAACACACAAAAGAGAAAGACCAGACAUUCAGCUUAUGAUGCUUUUAGUCUGAGAAGACUAGAUUGAAUUUGUUACACACACACACACACACACACACAGAAUAAUUUAAGGUAUUCAUUCUGUCUCUAUCAAUUUGAUAGAGGGAUUUUGCACAGAAAGUGAGAAUGAGACUUCAAUGUCUUGUAACUGGCAGACCUGGUUCAAAUACUAUAUAGGGUAUUUCAAUUACUUUCAAAUACAUUUAGAAGUAAGUAUUUCAAUAUAUAUAUAUAUAUAUAUAUAUAUAUAAAAUAAAAUCUUACAUUUAUUUUUUCAAGACAUGUAGUUGAAUAUUGUAAUAUAUUUGGAAAUACACUUGGAAAGUAUUUGGAAAUACACUUGGAAAGUAUUGGAAAAUACUUACAUACACUGACUCAAAUACACUCCCAGGCAUUUGAAAUAAAUAUUUGGAAAUACUUUCAAAUAGAAGGCUAUUUAUGGGAAAUUAUUUGAAAAUACAUUCAAAUAAAACUCAUUCUGUAUUCGAAAUGUUCUUGAAAUCCACAGAGCUACAUGCUACACUCUUAGAAAAGGGGGUCCAAAAAGGUUCUUCAUAGAGCCCUUUUUAGGUUCCAGGUAGAACCAUCUGUGGAAACGGUUCCACAUAGAACCAAAAAGGGUUCUCCAAAGGGUUCUCCUAUGGGGACAGCCAAAGAACCAUUUUAGGUUCUAGAAGUUACCUUUUUUUUCUAAGAGUGUACAGACUCAUGGAAUCAUACAAUUCUGAUUAUGUAUGAAUGUAUGCAACACAAAAUUGCAGUAAAAUCUUUCAAAUAUCUGAAAAGAUUUCACCCCUGGGAGACCACCCUGACAGGAGACAUGUCUGAUAUGGAGAGGUUAAAAAUGGUUUUGAUCAGAUAAUCAGUUAGGCAACAGCUUGGCUUUGAUGACAUGAACUCAAGGUUAUUACUCAGUUGUGUGAGCAAACAUUUAGCUAUUGCCACAGUGUCAGGCAACCAGAAAGUCCAUCAUAAACACAGGUCAAUGAGCAUGUGCUCCAAAGCACGAUGAAGUCUGCAUUUUCCAAAGUCUAAUGUUUCUUAGGGCUGAUGCAAAUGAUAUGCAAUUCAAUUCCAUUCAAGCAAAGAAAAUCAGUCUAUAUGUUUGUUUUCUGUCUUCCUUUUAGAAUGUUUACACUAACUGGGUAUAGUGUCUGUGUAUGAUACAUUUGAAGCUGAAGCAUCUUUGCUCCUUUCUUAAUGGUUUGCAUCUUCUGUAUGGUUGGCAGUAGCAGUGUAUACUGUAACUGGAGACUUCCCUACCCUACCCUGGCACUAUGCAGGCACUAUACUGCUCUAGGCCGCAAAAAGCCCCCUGCUAGCAUGUCCUUCAGGUUCCUACAGCAAGCACUUCCUGGCUCCUGGAAUAUUAGAACAAUACAACAUUCUAUAAUUCUUCUGGAAGCACUUCCUGGCUCCUGGAAUAAUAGAACAAUACAACAUUAUAUAAUUCUUCUGGAAGCACUUCCUGCGCUAGAGCUUUGUGUAUGUCACACUGGGGUGCAUAGAAUGUACCAUGAUGCUAACUAAUACCAUUGAUUUUGAUGCCAAAAAGUGAACUGUUUUUUGAACAGAAAGCCUCACGUAAACUUGAUCAUGAUCGGCCAUGAUUUCUGCAUGAGCACUUUAUCGGAUUACUGUAUAUUUAUGAGAUUCUGCAACAGGUUGUCCUACUAAUGCCAUUUUCUAGUUCUGUCACUCAUUCACUGCAUGUGAAACAAUGAUAAAGGCAAAGUGAUAGUUAUUUUCUUUAGCCCUUGCUGUGUGAAUGAAUGUGUGGUCGGUGAUAUAACAGCAAAAUGAUGAACAAAAUGGAGGAAUUUCUGUAUACUGUAACUGGAUAUAGAUACCAGCAUUUUGAUUGAAUAUCAAUUCCAGUAGAUUCUAUUGUCUAUGUUUUAAAUUGCAUUAUAUUUUUUAUUAAUUUAUAAUAAGAAUACGUUAUUAGGAAUUUGUUUAUUGUACUGUAUGCUAUAAUUCAAUUUGAAAAUAUAUUUUAAACUAAACAAAUAAAUAUGUUUGACUUGA